AGUUUGCUGUGUUUGGUUUCGCCGUUGUGCCACGCGCCCACGGUCACUGAUCUUCCUCCCUCACUGCUUGAUGUGCUCUCCUCGCUCUUCUUUCCCAUUUUACCUUAAUUUCGACUAAACUUCAACUCCUUUGCGAUCUGCUGGGUAUACUCUGAUUGCGGGUAGGUAGAGAGGGUAGAAGAGCAGAAACAGCAAGUAGAAGAGUCCACCAGUUCAAGGGGGAAGAAGAGAAAAAAAUCGAAGAAAAUGUCGGGAAAGGCGCCGCCAAAGGGUCCUCGAGCGUUGCUGGCAUCGAUGCCAGGUGGUAUUCCUCCUUCUGGCCCUCAACAAAAACAGCUCUCACCACCGCCGUCGACGAUGGCGAGCAGAAUUGGUGCUGCACCCCCAACUGGGCCUCGAAGUCUCAUGAACGGUCAUUUUCGGAGUGGUGGCCCCAAAGGAAAACCCUUCAUAAACGGUCAUGGGCAUGGUCACCCUCCUCAUCGUGCUUAUUCACCUAUGAAGUCCACGAAUGGUGCAGGGCCAGGACCGAGCACCCUAAAGCAACAACCGCUAGCUCCAACACCGACUGGACCUACAAGUUUAGGACCAAUACCGAAUACGGUGAAGCAACCACAGCAACAUCAGUCGAAUGGCUUAAUAGCGCCAGGGACCGCAAGAGCCGCGAUUUCUAUUUCAAUGUCUGCUAAGAAACCAACUCCUUCAAUGUCCAAGCCGCCCCCACCGCCAGUGUCUGAACCUCCACCACCGCCACCUCCCACAGGUUCACCGCCACCACCACCACCUCUCUCAAGCGUUCCUCCUCAGCCUACAAGCUUACCACCACCGCCCCCUCCUCCGCCACCGACCUCAGAACUACCACCACCACCCCCACAACCACAUGAUACUGAUUUAUCAGCUCCUCGACCACCAGACUUACCGCCCCCGCCAUUACCUUCAAUCUUUACCACUACACCCGACCAAUCAUCUGCGCCUGCACCUAUUUCAAUUGCUCUUCCCACACCAGCACGCGCGCCAGCGGGUCCACCACCUGUUCAAUUGCACACCGCUCCAUCCAAUAUCUCGCUAUCGUUACCUCCACCCCCACCUGCCUCGACGUCAUCGUUGAACCGACCUCAAUUAUCCUCUGGUACUCCCUCCUCCUCCGAAACCAAGUUCUUUUUUCAACCGCCACCUUCGCCGCCACCACCAUCCGUGUCUCUCGAUAAAGAAUGGGACAGGGAGAGAGACAGAGAUAGAGAUAAGACUAGGGAGAGGGACUGGGAUAAGGAUAGAGAACGAGAACGACAACGGGACAGAGAAUAUCGAGAUAGGGACCGAGACAGGGAUCGGGAUCGGGAUUGGGAACGCGAACGAGAGAGAGAGCGAGAGAGAGGGCGUGAACGGGACUGGGAAUGGGAACGGGAACGGUCGGAUUCAAGAGCAGGAUACGGAGGGGCGAGUCGAUCAGGCAGAGAUUCUCCUCCUCCCCCUCCCCCUACCCUACCUACUCCUCCUGUAGUACCUCAAGUUCAACAUACUCCACCACCGCCGCUGCCGCCACCGAAACCAAAGACGCCUCCGCCUCCGCCAAAAUGGGAUCUGCCUGUUUGGCCACCUAGUCGUGUACCUGGUUCUUCGUUUUCUUCUCAACCUGGACCCUCUUCACAAACACAAGCACAAUCGAUCGCUUCAUCUUCGAAAUCCAACGUGUACACGUACUCUGCCGCUAACCCUCGUUCUCAUCGAAUCAUAUACGACCCUAGUCUAAUCAAUGGUAUAGACCCCAAGUCAGAUCCUGGAAGGGCAAGGGCAUAUAAGGAUGCAAUGUGGAGGGAGAACGUACGGAGUGGAACGAAGGAAAAGUUAGAGGAAGACCAGACGAUAUGGGAGCCUGAUGACAUUGGGGAUUAUUUUGAACUUUUGAUGGCUGGGUUGAGGAGGGAGAAGGGAAAAGGGAAGGAGAGGGCUGUCAGUUCUGAGCAAGAUGAUAUCAUUAUGGCUGAUGAGACGGAGACAAAGACCUCAAACUCGAUGUCGACGUUACGUUCGAAUUCUAUCCCGUAUUCUUCUGCUCGACGACGUAGGCUAACACAGGAAGAGCGAGCAUACCUUUCGAGUCAGCGGGAGAAGGAAAGGAGGAUACAGGCUAAUAGUAAUGGUCCGGUGAAGGGAGUAGCGAAGGAGGCUAUCGUCCGGUAUGAUGGUGAGACACUGGAGGAUGGCUCGUGGUUUUGGAUUUCGGGGGAUGAAGUGAGGAAAGGGGAAGGCAGUGGUGGGGAGGGUGAGAAAGGAUGGUGGGUACGAGAACCGAUUCCUGUCCCAAAAGAUCCGAGGCGGCCGGCGGAAGUUAGAAAGGGCAAAGAGAAGUUUGUCGAAUUGAAGUAUGAGUAUAAUCCUGAACUUUCCGCAGGCUCAAAGCCUCCUACAACUGUCCUUGUUACCAACAUUGCACUCUUGACCCCGAAGGACGUUGUCAAACAGCAUUUCUCUGCCUAUGGCACGAUCAUUUCUUUCGAACCUCAAAUUGACAAAGAGAACGGUGGUCCUCUUGGGGUAGUCUUGAUCCGGUAUCCGACGCAUGAACAAGCGAGGAAAUGCGUGGAGAAGGAAGACGGUAAAAAGAGGCCGUGGGCGGGAGCUGGGUAUCAUAAUUGGGGUGCGACUGGUGCCAAUAACACGCUGAGCCGACCCAAGGAUGGGGAGGAGAUCAGUGUCAUAUUUGAUGGAGAUGGAUCGAGGACGCAGGCUGUGGUUAAGGUGCUGGAUGACAGGAAGAAGGAGAGAAGGAGAAGGGAUAGAGGGGAGAUUCCGACUCCUACAAGCAGUACUAUACCUCCACCGACGCCUUUGAGAGUAUCGGAAACGGCUGCGACGCCUAGUCAAGGAAAAGCGACUCCACAACACCUUCCACCCGCACCUACACCUCUUCCUUCCAAAACUAUCAAUGGGCGACCUAUGCAGCAUCCUUUACCGAGCAGGCCGGUGAUUUUCACUGAGACUUCUUCGCCUUCCAUCGGUGGUAGUUCAACCUCAACACCUCGACAUUUCCAACAGCCGACGCCGUCGACACCUGCGCAAGUGAACGGUAGUGGUUUGAAUGGUAGUAUUAACGCCAACAAUAACACUGGACCUUCCACGUCUACAACGAACCCACCUACAUCAUCUACGCUACCAACGAAACCGUCUUUGAAACUUCCGAGAUCGACAUAUCUCGGCACACAAGCAGAACGAAUGUCGUCCAUUGAUGAUCCUGGACCCACAGGGAAGAGGGCGAUACCGGCUGCUCUGUUACGUGCGAGGCAAGAUGCGAAGACUAAAGAUGAAGAUAGGGAGAGGCAGGUGAAGAAGGUUAUGGAGGAUUCUGGAAAGGAAAAGGAGAAUGAGAAGAAGGUUGUGGAGGAGCCUGGGAAGGAGAAUGAGAAGGGGCGAUCGGAGCUUGAGAAGGAAAGGGAAUCACGAGGGAGCGGGAGGAGCGAUCCACUCAUAGUUGAACCCAUGAGAAGGUGGGAUCGAAGCUCGAGCAGGGAGAGGUGGAGGGAUACUCGAGAUAGGGAUAGGUAUCGUGGAGGUAGGAGAAGGAGUCGAAGCCAUAGUCGUGGAAGAGUCACAAGUACACGAGGAUACGGUGGAUACGCCAGGUCGAUAUCUCCUCGGUCUCGUUCGGAGACGCCACCUCCAGGGUAUGACCUGCAAGAUGAGGACGAUUGGGAGAUGGAUCAUCACGAGCUGAUGCAGGAGCUUUUGAAGAAUGCUUGUCCACAUCUGGUUGUUCGUCCUCAGGAUGGAGGGGAGGUUGGGACUUGGUUAAAGGUGGUUAGGAAACCGGAAGUUGAACGUCAUUUCAGGAAUCUGAAUAUUGACAAAAUCAUGAAGUCCAACAAGGGUAUGUUUAUCACCUUCGAAAGAGAUAGCCAUGCGCUCCGUGCCGCAAACGUCUCGAAAAUCAACCAACCCAGGUUCAACAAUCGCCUUGUGUCCGUGUCCGUUCAGCCUCCACCUAGUCAGCAGGAUGUCCAAGCAGCUUAUAAGGACCCAAAUCAGCUUCUUGAAGAGCAAAUCGAGCUGGCGCAGCAACUGAUCACGCAAGAAUUGAAAUCACAACUGCGUCGGGAUAUUCUUGAGAAAGUUGUUGGGCCGGAGAUGUAUAAGUUGUUGCAGAGGGAAGCUGCCAAGGGCUUCGGAAAGCAGGGGGCGUGGUCUGAUAUCCGGGCAGACGUCAAGAAGGGUCUCGAUGGUUUGUCGUUCAAGAAACAGAGAAGACCGAAGGAGGUGGAGGCUGUGGUCGAAGAAGUAAAGGCUCACAAGGCUGUUGAACAAGACGAGGAGGUGGAGGAAGUCGAUAGGCCAAAGAAGAAAAGGAAGACUGAGGUCAAAAAGGUCAAGAAGCGUUUGGUUGUGGAGGAUGAGGAAGGGGUUGUUCUUGAUGUGGAGAGCGAGGAUGAAACUGUUGCCGUCGCUGAGGACACUCUUGUGAAAAAGCGAGUGCACGUAGUCGAGCCAGAGUCCGAGUUCGAGGGACCCAAGCGGAAGAAGGCGAAGACAGAGGUGAAGAAGAGCAUUACGAAGGGAAAGAAGAAAACGGUGGAGGAGGUUGUUCACGACGUUAUCCUCACAGAUGAUACUGGCUUCGACGCUCCAACCAUAACGCCUGUUCGGAUCACUCCAGGUUUCGAGUCUUCUCUUUCUCCUUCACGGUCAACAUCACCAGCUGCAGCUCGACUCUCCACUCCACCUCCCACUCCCUCUCCAGUCGACCUUGGUGUAUGCGAUGAUGACGAAGAUGAAUACUACGCUAAACUCGUUCUUUCAAGACAAGACGCGGUCCAUUCCAAUGCACCGACAGAGUCUACGGCUUCUCAGGCGACCUCUGAAGAGUCCACAGCACCAAUUCUUCGCAAACACGCCACAGGUAGUGCACGAACUGAAGGUUAUUACAAGAUUGAGCACGAUGAAAAGACGGCGUAUGUCUCACAAUAUCAGGCACGAGAUACAGGUACCGGUACCGUUGCCGCGACAGAAGCUGUGGAAGAGCCUCAACCUAAGCACAUCACAUCCUCUCGAUCUAAUCGUGCGAACGCACGCCGUCAGGCUCAAGGUCUUGAAGAGAUCAACCAGGUCCAGCGUGCAGUCGCCCUCUCCAAGGGAGAGAACGUGAACGAGCUCACGUUCAAGUUCAAUCAAUUACAGACUCGGAAGAAGCAUCUACGGUUCUCUCGAUCCCCGAUUCAUGACUGGGGUUUGUACGCCAUGGAGAAGAUUGCAAGGGGAGAGAUGGUUAUCGAAUACGUCGGCGAGGUUAUUCGAGCACAAGUGGCGGAUAAGAGGGAGAAGACCUAUGAAAGGCAAGGGAUUGGUUCGAGCUAUCUUUUCCGUAUCGAUGAAGACCUUGUGGUGGAUGCUACGAAGAAAGGCAACCUUGGACGAUUAAUCAAUCAUUCUUGCGAUCCUAAUUGUACGGCCAAAAUCAUUACAAUCAGCGGGGAGAAGAAGAUCGUCAUCUAUGCGAAGCAAGAUAUCGAGCUCGGGGAUGAAAUUACCUACGACUAUCACUUCCCUUUCGAGCAAGACAAGAUUCGCUGUCUUUGCAGAUCACAAAAAUGUCGUGGCUUCCUGAACUGAUUCUACCGAUAUUUCUUGGUUCUUUUGGGUUCUAUCAUUCUUAUACCCGAUUUUUAUCUUUCUUGGUGUAGAUUUUACACUACCUGUCUUAUGUUUGUUUGUUCUUUUUCGUUUUUUUUUUCCCAUCAAUUUACUCACGCUCUCAUUUCCGAAACAGCAAUCAGUAUUUCAACCACGUAUGUAUUCGUUAAUAGCCGGAUCUGAAUAUCAGUCACUUUGCAUUGUUGUGGUUAUCUUUAUCUUACUUAUGUCUCUA